AUGUCCGUCACAGAAAUCAACCAAACACCACCAGAAGAGCCCAUGGCCAUCCCCUCCAACCGCGAUGGCGUCGCCUAUCUGUACGGUCACCCUCUUCUGAACUCUCUUUCCCCACCCCUACACCAGACAGUCUACAAUGCGCUCGGUCUCAACUGGACCCAAAUCCCCCUAUCCAGUGUGUCCGGCUCAUCAGAGACAUACCCUCCUCCCUACACACGGUCGCCACCGAUUGAGAAAUACCUGGCAUCGAUCAAGUCCAAUCCCAAGUUCGUCGGCUCGUCCGUGACGAUGCCUCACAAGGUCGCGAUCAUGCCAUACCUCGACGAUCUCACCGAGCACGCCCGCCAAGCCGGCGCCUGCAACACCAUCUUCCUGCGCGACGACCCAACAACCGGUCAGCGCCAGUACGUCGGCACCAACACCGACUGCGACGGCAUCCGGGAAGCCCUCACCAAGAAUGCGCCUGACCCAUCACGCUUCCGCGGCCGGCCCGCGCUCAUCAUCGGUGGUGGCGGCACUGCCCGCACUGCCAUCUACGUUAUGCGCCGCUGGCUCGGUUCCAGCCGCAUCUACGUCGUCAACCGCGACGCCGCUGAAGUCGCCGCCAUCCUCGAAGAAGACCGUCGCCGCAAUCCUGACCCCAAUGCCCAGGCUCCUCUUAUUCCAGUUACCGACCCUGCUGAGGCUGCCCGUCUCGAGUCCCCCGCCGCUAUCGUCUCCGGUAUCCCCAACUACCCCCCGAAAUCACCUGAAGAACUGCGCGCUCGCGCUAUUAUCGAGGCUUUCUUGGGUACUGCUGCCGAUGCGGAGAAGCAGCAGGGUGUCAUUCUGGAGAUGUGCUACCACCCCACGCCCUGGACUGAGAUCGCUCACUUGGCUUCUGCCGGCGGGUGGAAGGUUAUCCUCGGCUCUGAGGCUCUGAUCUGGCAAGGUCUGGAGCAGGCCCGUCUUUGGACUGGAAAGGAUGUUAUCGGCACCCCUGGUCUUGUGCAGGAGGUUAAGGAUCUUGUUGCUAAGACCAUUGCGGAACGGGGAUCUGCGAAGUCUAGCCUGUGA